GGCUACCGGUUGUGAGGGGCAGGAGCCCACAGAUAUUUUUAUAGCCUUCCCUUCACGAUAGAUAAAUGUUGUUUGUGGAAGAAAAGACUCCAGAAGGAAGAAUAAGUUUUGUUUUGUCUUUUUUUUGUAGGGGAGGGGGACGGGAUUUGGUCUGUGGCCUAGGCUGGCCUCAAACUCUUGAAUUCGCAGCAGUCCUGCCUCAGCCUGGGAUUACGGGCGUCUGUCUGGCUUCAGGAACAAAAGAGCACGGCUCUGAACUCACCUGGUUUUCCGAUUUGUGUAUUCUUCUCCGAAUUAGAUUGAUAAACAUCACGUCAAGUCCUCGCUCACAAGAUACCAUGGAGGCCUGACUGAGGCUACAGCUUUUUGUCCUCCCCGGAAUUUCCUGAGGAAAUGAUUGCAUUCUUUCUCUGGCAACACCGAAAUAUCUGUGCAUUAUCGCUGUGUCCCAAGGUGAGGAUCGCUAAACAAGACAGUCUCAGCACGCAGAGCGGCGAACUCAGAGCCCGGAACCCGGCGGAAGUCCCGCCCUGCUCAUCUGAUCUCUGACACCGGGCGCCGGUCUCCGGGCGGAAACGUUGCUGCUGUGGGCGUGUGCGCGCAUGCGCAUAAGGUGGGCGCCCGCCAAGGCUUGUUUCAGGAAUGUGUUUUUGAUCUUCUGAAUUCCAACCAUGUUGUCAAACUGCUUACUAAAAUUUCUAAAAGCCACAAGCUCUCAUCCAUAUCCAGCGUCAUGCUGUUGGUUAGUAAGCAAACGCAAGUUUUCUGGAACUAUGCCAGCAGCCGUGUCUCUCAGGCGAGUUGUCAUCACAGGCAUCGGACUAGUGACACCACUUGGUGUUGGGACUCAACUAGUUUGGGGUCGGCUUCUCCGAGGAGAAAGUGGAGUUGUUUCUGUAGUUGGUGAUGAGUACAAGAGUAUUCCUUGCAGUGUAGCUGCUUAUGUGCCAAGAGGUGCUGAUGAAGGUCAGUUCAAUGAACAAAACUUUGUGUCCAAAUCAGACACCAAGUCCAUGUCAUCUCCCACCAUCAUGGCCAUCGGGGCAGCAGAGUUGGCCCUGAAAGACUCCGGCUGGCAUCCGAAGUUAGAAGCAGAUCGGGUGGCUACUGGCGUUGCCAUUGGCAUGGGCAUGGUUCCUCUUGAAGUUGUUUCUGAAACUGCUUUGAUGUUUCAGACCAAAGGUUACAAUAAAGUCAGCCCAUUCUUUGUCCCUAAGAUUCUGAUCAAUAUGGCUGCAGGCCAGGUCAGCAUUCGCUAUAAACUCAAGGGUCCCAAUCACUCAGUGUCCACAGCCUGCACAACAGGAGCACAUGCUGUGGGAGACUCCUUUAGAUUUAUAGCCCAUGGUGAUGCAGAUGUGAUGGUGGCUGGGGGCACAGAUUCUUGCAUUAGUCCAUUAUCUCUUGCUGGGUUUUCCAGAGCCCGGGCUCUGAGCACAAACCCAGAUCCUAAGCUGGCCUGCCGACCGUUUCAUCCAGAGAGAGAUGGUUUUGUCAUGGGCGAGGGUGCUGCUGUGCUGGUGUUAGAAGAACAUGAACAUGCUGUUCAGAGAGGAGCCCGGAUAUAUGCGGAAGUUCUGGGCUAUGGACUCUCAGGUGAUGCUGGUCACAUAACUGCCCCCGAUUCUGAAGGAGAAGGUGCCUUCAGAUGCAUGGCUGCUGCUGUGAAAAAUGCAGGUGUGUUACCUGAACAGAUAUCCUAUGUCAACGCACAUGCCACCUCCACACCACUGGGUGAUGCUGCUGAAAACAGGGCCAUUAAGAGGCUCUUUAGAGAUCACGCUGGUGCCCUUGCCAUAUCUUCCACAAAAGCAGCCACUGGGCAUCUGUUGGGGGCUGCAGGGGCGGUUGAGGCAGCUUUUACCGCACUGGCUUGUUACCAUCAAAAACUACCACCAACUUUAAACCUGGAUUGUACAGAGCCAGAAUUUGAUCUCAAUUAUGUUCCACUGGAGGCGCAGGAAUGGAAAACUGAGGGUCGACGUAUUGGACUCACCAAUUCCUUUGGGUUUGGUGGUACUAAUGCAACACUUUGUCUUGCUGGCAUGUGAACAUUGGCUUUUAACUCUCAUAAAUGUAUAAAUAAUAAUGUGCAUACAUAUGUUUAAUAUCAAUACCCUUUAACACAA